CUACAACCUCUACCAUUGGAGAGAAGUUUUUGGAAAGCUACCUGUACCACAGAAUGUGAAAAUGCAUACCAUCAAUUUUAAAAAUCUGCUUCAGUGGAGCCCAGUAAUCUACCACAAAGGCAAUGUUAAUUAUUCAGUAGAGUACCAAAGCUAUUAUGAUAAAGAUUUUAAAAAACACGCCCAUUUUAAGAAAGGCUGCACAAGCAUCACAAUGACAGAAUGCGACUUGUCCAUGCUAUCCAUUAUGGUUGGUUAUUACCUGCGUGUAAGAGCUGAAUACGAAAAUGAGACAUCGGAAUGGGCUGUUAUCGAUGAAUUUGAACCUUCUGUACAUACUGAAAUUGGACCGCCUUCAGUGGUUGUGAAGCCAAGGUUAGAUAUGCUCGAUGUCAACAUCAUUGGACCCGUAAAUGAGAAUAAUUACAAAUCCAUGCAAGAAUAUUUUCUCGACAUGGCUUACAAAGUGUCUUACUGGAAAGUUGGAGAGGAAGAAAAGGUUGAGAGUAUUAACACUAAUCAGAAGAUGACAACCCUCACAAAUCUUGAAGCUUGGACCACCUACUGCCUGAAAGUGGAACCUGUCUUGCAUAACAGAAAAACACACCCAAGUUCAAUUGUCUGUGGAACUACAAUGGAUAAUGGUAGAGUUCCAGUGUGGCAAGUGAUUGUGACUCUUCUAGCAUCUAUGUGUGUUGUUUUUGGUGUGACGAUGGGAAUUUUCUACUCAUCACAUUAUAUUCACAAGGCUGUCAAACAUAGUUUCCAACCUUCCUACAAUCUCCCCGAGCACAUAAAAGAGUACCUGAAAGAACCUUCACUGACUUCUCAAUUUCUGCUGCCCCCGCCCAGUUUGUAUGAAGAAUCAUUUGACAAACUAAGUAUUAUUUCAGACAUCCAACAGAGUUUUGAUAACAUAAACAUUGACAUGAAUACAAAUAUGGAAAUGGUCGAGAAACAGCCGUGAAGGAGGAAAGUCCAACGACUGAUGAUGGAGAAGAAGUCAAAGGGGUGCAAAAUAGUACCAACAGCAAUCUUUAUGGAAGAAUACAGACUCUGACAGAUAAUGUUACUUGAGUGAGUCAAAGCUGAAGAGAUGUUGAAAGAAAAUGUCACACAUACAACUUACACUUCUCUGAAAUCUUUGUGAAGAUUUAGUUCUGUAUAUUUCCUUCAGUUGUACAUGAAGUUAACAUCCUGUGUGUCUGCAUAGCUUUCUUUCAUUUCCUCUUCGGCGAACCACGGAUAUUUCUUGCAAAUUUCAGUAAAGCUGGGAAAGUGUUAUUCAUUAUAUUUUAGUACUAAAUUGAUGAUUUGAAUGUU